UUCAAUUCCCAAUGCAAAACAUGAAAGAGGGAAGAGGGGAGGGGAGUGAAGAGAAGGGGAAAAUAAUGAAGUCAGCUUCAAGAGGAACUGCACCCUCCCUCCCUGUUUCUAGUGAUUUACACCUGAUGUCUUCAACUCUAAAUAACUCAGUAAUUAUUGAGUACCUGCUUACUAUCCAAUAAGGAAAUCAGACUUUCAGGUACUGUACAGCUAUUUCAUCAUAAAUGCAAAAAUGCAUAUAUAAAUUAAGUGUGUUGUAAGGACACAAAAAAGCAAUUGUCAGGAGGGAGGUGUAAAUCGUGGAAGGCUUCAAAGAAAAGGCGAUUAAUUCAAGUUCGGAUUUGAAGGUUAUGUGCAAAGACAAAAGACAGGGACACAUGGAACAAGAUAGCAUGCUUCGAAAAUGUAGGUGGCUCUUCAGGGCUGGAAGAACACUGAGUGGGUGUGAGGAGCCUAUGGGACAUAAAGUUUCAGUCAGACCAUGCAAGACCCUGUGCUUCAGCCGGAGCUUGUGCUUAGGAGCUGUCAUCAGAUUUGCACUUUCGGGAGAUGACUAGGCCUCCCUAGAGAGAGUGAACUGAAGGAGACAAGAAUGAUGCUAUGGGAAAGACGAUUGUUUUUAAAUAAAAAGAACAGUGCCCAGGAAGAGUGAAAAGUAGUCUGGCUUUGGGCUGGGUCUCGAGGAGAAAAUAGCCUAUCAGGGCCGGCCGACGCCCGUUCCCAGCACAGGCUCGUGCGUGCGUUGGGCCAGCGCUGAGCUCGCCCCGCUCCCUAGCCUCACGGGCCGCGGCGUCGGGCGGGUGGCCCUGCCUGGGUGGUCUCUGGCCCCGCCCCCUGCGGCGCCGUUACCUAGCAGCGGUCCUGCGGCCCUGCCAAUGGGAGGGCGUCGCCCGGGCCCCUGCUCCCUUUUUCUGGGGCUCGGCCCCCUCCUGGACACUGCAAUCUUCACCUUGAGCUGCGAAUGCGUCCCCGCUGCUUUGCCUGCCCGUAGCACCCGCCGCGGCCACAGCGAACCAACCCGCACUGCCCGCUGUGUUUACCCACAGUCCGCACGCUCGCGCCUUCGCGGCCCGUGGGAAGCCCAGGCGGGCCCCGCGGCAUCGAGGGGACCAGGCUAGCCUAUGACAGAGCCCAGAUAACGCCGGUUGGGGGCACUCGCCCCCACCCAUCCGACCAGCAUGGCUGGGCCACCGACCCUCAGAGAGCUGCCCCCCGACUACACGCACCCACCUCCAACCACGGCGCCUCAGAUCCCAACUGGGAACCCGAAGGCUCCGCUCUGGCUUCGCACUUACUUCCAGGGUCUGCUCUUCGCUCUGGGCUGCAGCAUCCAGAGACAUUGUGGCAAAGUGCUUUUCCUGGGACUGUUGGCCUUUGGGGCUCUGGCGCUGGGUCUCCGUGUGGCCAUUAUUGAGACAGACCUGGAACAGCUCUGGGUAGAAGUGGGCAGCCGAGUGAGUCAAGAGCUGCAUUACACCAAGGAGAAGCUGGGAGAGGAAGCUGCCUAUACCUCCCAGAUGUUGAUUCAGACUGCACGCCAGGAAGGAAAGAACGUCCUCACGGUGGAAGCCCUGGGCCUCCACCUCCAGGCGGCCUUCACUGCCAGUAAAGCGCAAGUAUCGCUGUAUGGAAAGUCCUGGGAUUUGAACAAAAUCUGCUAUAAGUCGGGAGUUCCCCUUAUUGAAAAUGGAAUGAUUGAGCGGAUGAUUGAGAAGCUGUUUCCGUGUGUGAUCCUCACCCCGCUUGAUUGCUUCUGGGAAGGUGCCAAACUCCAAGGGGGCUCCGCCUACUUACCGGGCCGCCCUGAUAUCCAGUGGACCAACCUGGAUCCAGAACAGCUACUCAAGGAGUUGGGCCCCUUCGCCUCCCUCGAGGGCUUUCGGGAACUGCUGGACAAGGCGCAGGUGGGCCAGGCCUAUGUAGGGCGGCCCUGUCUGGACCCUGAGGAUCUCCAGUGCCCUCCUACGGCCCCCAACCACCACAGCAGGCAGGCUCCCAGUGUGGCUCAGGAGCUGAGUGGAGGCUGCCACGGCUUCUCCCACAAAUUCAUGCACUGGCAAGAGGAAUUGCUGCUGGGAGGCGUGGCCCGGGACCCGCAAGGACAGCUGCUGAGGGCGGAGGCCCUCCAGAGCACGUUCCUGCUCAUGAGUCCUCGCCAGCUGUACGAGCACUUCCGGGGCGACUACCAGACACACGACAUCGGCUGGAGUGAGGAGCAGGCUGGCAUCGUGCUGCGAGCCUGGCAGCGGCGCUUUGUGCAGCUGGCCCAGGAGGCCCUGCCUGAGAACUCCUCGCAGCAGAUCCACGCCUUCUCCUCCGCCACGCUGGACGACGUCCUGCACGCCUUCUCAGAAGUCAGUGCCACCCGUGUGGCAGGAGGCUAUCUGCUCAUGCUGGCCUACGCCUGUGUGACCAUGCUGCGAUGGGACUGUGGCCAGUCCCAGGGGGCUGUGGGCCUUGCUGGGGUAUUGCUGGUGGCCCUGGCAGUGGCCUCAGGCCUUGGGCUCUGUGCCAUGCUCGGGAUCGCCUUCAAUGCUGCUACUACUCAGGUGCUGCCCUUCUUGGCACUGGGCAUCGGGGUGGAUGACGUUUUCCUGCUGGCACAUGCCUUCACAAAGGCCCCACCUGGCACCCCUCAGCAGCAGGAGCGCAUGGGCGAGUGUCUGCGGCGCACCGGCACCAGCGUCACGCUCACGUCAGCCAGCAACAUGGUGGCCUUCUUCACAGCCGCCCUGGUGCCCAUCCCUGCCCUGCGGGCCUUCUCCCUGCAGGCGGCGGUCGUGGUCGGCUGCAACUUCGCAGCUGUGAUGCUCGUCUUCCCAGCCAUCCUCAGCCUGGACCUGCGCCGGCGCCACCACCAGCGCCUGGAUGUGUUCUGCUGCUUCUCCAGCCCCUGUUCUGCUCGAGUGGUUCAAAUCCUGCCCCAGGAGCUGGGCGAGAGGACAAUACCAGUGGGCAUUGCCCACCUGACCACCACAGUACAAGCUUUCACCCACUGCGAAGCCAGCAGCCAGCAUGUGGUCACCGUCUUGCCGCCUCAAGCCCACCUGGUGCCCCCAGCUUCUGCCCCACUGGCCUCUGAGCUCUUCAGCCCUCGAGGGUCCACUCGAGACCUUCUGGACCAGGAGGAGUGCUCCAGGCAGAAGGCAUCCUUCGAGGCCCCGCCCUGUGCCUGCUGGAAUCUUGCCCACUUCGCCCGGUACCAGUUCGCACCCUUGCUGCUCCAGUCACACGCCAAGGCCCUGGUGCUGGUGUUCUCUGGGGCUCUUCUGGGGCUGGGCCUCUAUGGAGCCACGCUGGUGCAGGACGGGCUGGCCUUGGCAGACGUGGUGCCGCGGGGCACCAAGGAGCACGCCUUCCUGAGCGCCCAGCUCAGGUACUUCUCCCUGUACGAGGUGGCCCUGGUGACCCAGGGUGGCUUUGACUACGCCCACUCCCAACGGGCCCUCUUUGAUCUGCACCAGCGCUUCAGUUCCCUCAAGGCUGUUCUGCCCUCGCCUGCCGCCUGGGCACCCCGCACCUGGCUGCACUAUUACCGCAACUGGCUCCAGGGAAUCCAGGCUGCCUUUGACCAGGACUGGGCCUCCGGGCGCAUCACCCGCCACUCUUGCCGCAAUGGCUCCGAGGACGGGGCCCUGGCCUACAAGCUGCUCAUCCAGACCGGAAAUGCCCAGGAGCCUCUGGAUUUCGGCCAGUUGACCACAAGGAAGCUGGUGGACGAGGAAGGCCUGAUCGCCCCCGAGCUCUUCUACAUGGGGCUCACUGUGUGGGUGAGCAGCGACCCCCUGGGACUGGCAGCCUCGCAGGCCAACUUCUACCCGCCACCUCCCGAGUGGCUGCACGACAGAUUUGACACCACCGGGGAGAACCUUCGCAUCCCGGCUGCACAGCCCCUGGAGUUUGCCCAGUUCCCCUUCCUGCUGCACGGCCUGCAGGAGACCGCAGACUUCCUGGAGGCCAUCGAGGGCGCGCGGGCGGCGUGCGCGGAGGCCGGCCAGGCGGGGGUUCGCGCCUACCCCAGCGGCCCCCCCUUCCUCUUCUGGGAGCAGUACCUGGGCCUGCGGCGCUGCUUCUUGCUGGCGGUGUGCGUCCUGCUGGUGUGCACCUUCCUUGUCUGCGCCCUGCUGCUGCUCAGCCCCUGGACCGCGGCUCUCGUGGUGGUGGUCCUGGCCAUGGUAACUGUGGAGCUCUUUGGUGUCAUGGGUUUCCUGGGCGUCAAGCUGAGUGCCAUCCCCGUGGUGAUCCUCGUGGCCUCUGUAGGCAUCAGUGUGGAGUUCACAGUCCACGUGGCCCUGGCUGUGGACCUCCCCCCGCCCAUUCUGGACAUCUCCCUGUGUCACCAGACAUGUCUGGUUCACCUGGCCUUCCGAGACCAGGCACGGGGCUUCCUGACCUCCCAGGGUAGCCGGAACCUUCGGGCUGCCCAGGCCCUGGAGCACACAUUCGCCCCUGUGACCGAUGGAGCAGUGUCCACGCUGCUGGGUCUGCUCAUGCUUGCUGGUUCCAACUUUGACUUCAUCGUGAGGUAUGGGGCCCUCGUAGGAGGAGGAGGCAGGGUCUGCCAUGCUGUAUCCACGCCCGCUGAUGCCCUUCCCGACAGGUACUUCUUCCUGGUGCUGACGGCACUCACCCUCUUGGGCCUGCUGCAUGGACUCGUGCUGCUGCCUGUGCUGCUGUCCCUCCUGGGGCCCCCGCCAGAGGUGGUACAGAUGUACAAGGAGAGCCCGCGAGUGCCGAGCCCUGCAGCUGCACAGGACAGCGGGCUCAGGUGGGAGUCGUCUCCCAGCCUGCCCCAGGCCUUUGCCAGAGUGACCGCCUCCAUGACCGUGGCCUUCCGCCCACCCCCACUCCCGGGUGCCUACGUCCACCCAGCCUCUGACGAGCCCACGUGGUCCUCUGUUGCCACCCCCACUGCCGACACCUCUGGCAGCCCCAGCGCUAGGGCAUCGUGUCCAGCCGCUGAGUAAAGGAGCCGCGGAAAUGGAGGCCCUGCUUGGGCGCGAGACAUCACUGGAAAGCAGGGUGGGGUGCGCAGUGCAGGGCGCCCCCGGCGGGCCCUGCUGCUGCUGUCUGCAUCCCGACGCAGCCCCUGCAGACCCCCGACCGUGCAGAGCAGCCUGCCGCACUGGGACCCAUGUCUGCACUCAGGCGGGGAUGCAAGCCGGCACCUCGGGCCGCAGUGCAGCCAGGUCCCGUCCGUGGUGCUGCCCACAGGAGUCUAGGCCUUCGGGCCCUCAAGCACCCUGGCCCAGUGCUGGCCUCUCACUGCGUGGAGACUCCGAGGUGGGCUGUAUAGCCCUGUCCACCUCCCAUAAGUUAUUUAUAUGAAGAUGUUUAUUUUUGUAGGAUACAUAGAUGUUAGCUCUGCUGAAAGUUUUAUUUUUUAAAGAAUGAAAUAUAUUCUAUAUGAACUCA